GAGAAAAGGGGGGAGAACUUGGAGGUCGUUCUGGAUUGGUGAGUCCGCCGGUUGCCUCGAUUGGCGGUUACUUCAUGUUCGAGGCGGAUCGACGCGCGGAAGGCGUACGACUCCAAGACCCCCGCUCGAGCUCGCCGACUCGGGAAACCAGACCAGACGUAGCCGCGCGCACCAUUCGAAAGUUACACCGGUGGGGAGGAGAAUCACCUCUCUCUGACGGCUCUUCCGUCCAGGCUGGCUGAAGCGGCCCCACACACCGGUUCGCGCAGCCGCGACGUACGCCUCUUGCUCGCUCGUUUGCUCGUUUGCUCGAUUCAAGAAGAAGCGACACGGCGCGGCGCGACACGGCGCGACGCGGCACGAGCGAGAGCGGACGCGAUUCUUCUUCUUAUUUUCCCCCCCGUAUUGCACCUCCCUUCUUCUCGCUCGGUCUUCUUCUCCCCCUGCCUCCUCGCCUCCUGCUCUCCUUCACCGUUCCCUCAUCCGUUUCGGGGCACGCACGGGGUACGCGUUUCGGGCGCGAGGGGGCUGGGACCGAUCGGCGACGCGGGUGAUCUCUGCCGACGAGCGGACGUGAGGAGCGGAUAAGGUGUCACCGAGCGAAUUCGAGGUGAACGAAGGCGGAGUUUUCGGGAGACACGAGGAGACAUCGCUGGAAGUAACCCUGUCGACGCACCAAGGUCAGUGGUCCGAUUACCUUGGGGGCGCGUGGGAUGGGGUGAGAAUGAUUUGACAUGUGCGCCGGUUCAAGUGAUUCUUGCGGGAUGAGAAACGUGGCUGGAGCAUCAGGUGCCAUCGGUGUCUCUUCACGAAGCUCACGAAAUGGUUAUUCGACGGUCAAAACUCUGUAGUAGUCGCGAACUUAUGACAGGUUUAAUAGCUAUUAUUCGGAAAGCAAGAACAUUUUAGUGAGGAACAUAAUUGUGAUAACAGUACCAUUUCACUUAGCUUGGAGGAUGACAUUUUUCACGGCAUCACAGCUCAUUUACGAUAAGAGGGAUGGGGGAGGUUAAAUAAUUAUGGUUAUCAACGUGACUAAAAAUCAUUCGUCGCGAGGAGGCAGCGAGCAGGCCGUCUCGCAGACGAGUCCUGCGAGCAGUACGAGUAGCUCGAGCCAGGUGACUCAGGUGAGCCAGCAGGUGAGCCAGCAACCUCACCCGCAGCCUCACCAGCAAUCGGCGCCGGCAUCGACCACGACUACGCCUCAGUCCAUCCAAAUGGGCAUCUCCACGGAAGAGGUGAGGCCCGAGGAAGAAGGCACUCAUCCGAGAGCGGCCCCGACCAGCCCCGAGAGCGAAGCCGAGGUGGAUGACUUCGCCCCGAAGAGGAAGCAACGCCGCUACAGAACCACCUUCACGAGCUUCCAGCUGGAAGAACUCGAGAAAGCCUUCUCUAGGACGCAUUAUCCGGACGUGUUCACGAGGGAGGAGCUCGCCAUGAAGAUCGGCCUGACGGAGGCACGGAUACAGGUCUGGUUUCAGAACAGGCGAGCCAAGUGGCGCAAGCAAGAGAAGGUCGGGCCCCAGGCGCACCCCUACAACCACCCGUACCUGAGCUCAGGUGCGCCACAAACGUCGCCGGUGAUGACGCCGACCUUGCCGAACCCCUUCGCCCACCUGGGUACCUUCGCUCUGAGGAAGCCCUUCGACGCCUUUCGCUAUCCGCCGCUGGGUCACGGCCCGGUCCUCCCCGGUAGUUACGCCGCGCAUCCCUAUCAUCGCGCACCGCCGCCGCUGCUGCCGCCCGGCAUGCCGCUGCCGUAUACGACCGCCGCCUCUUUCCAGAGUCUGUUGGCGAACAUUUCGGCAGCGCAGAGGCCGAAGCUGGUGCGCGGCUCGCCACCACCGUUGCCACCGCCGGCACCUGCGAUCGCCUUGCCGCAUCCACCUGUGGCACCGCCACCCCCGCCGCCACCGACGGCUACCUCUCCCCAGAGCUCGCCCACGGGUAGCGUGGGGCUGCCGGACAUCGACAGGAGGACCAACAGCAUCGCCUCCCUCAGACUCAAGGCUCGUGAGUACGAGCUGCAUCAGGAGAUGAUGCGUAAGAACGGCGACCUCAUAAGUUGAGAUGCCGCUGAUCGAAACGCGCGCGCGAAGACGAGCCGAAUGUCGGACGGUCGUGAAUCGAUGGAUCGCGAGAUCUCCGGGGAGGGUGUAGUACGCUUGGUUUCAAUACGGCUUCAGCAUUCUCUCUUCGAUGCGGAAGUUCGGAACGCAGCCAAUUCCAACUUCACUUCGGGAGCUAGACAAGUUUUGAAACCGAAUGUAAUAUCGAGAGGGAUCGAUACCGAGGAAGUGAUAUCGAGAAGGUUGAAUCGUAUACCCCCGUGUAUGGAUGCUUUUCAAUUGUUUAGAGCCUGGAGUCGUUUAAUGCGACACGCGAUUUAGACGAAACUUCCAAAUAUUCUGCCGAAUUUCGUACGCAAACGAGCACGAUAUUCGAUCGAAAAACUUGGCGAAGUGAUGGACAAUGAGAACAGUCGAACGAAUCUCAAGUGCUGCAAUUUGUGCAAAGUUUUUCGCGUGACGAGGAUCAACGUCAAAACUAUUCGCGUCGAUCAAAGUAAGCUGAUUGAUUGUUACUUGCUUAACCCUUAUACUCCGGGCAGUUUUUUGAAUGACUCUCUUACGGUCUUUGAAGUAAAAGCAGUUUUCUAUAUAUGUCAAAGGAUAAACUAGUAAAAGCAUGACACAUCGUCGCGCCAUUAUAGUGGUUUCCUGGAUUGCACGGUAACUAUUUCUCCAAAUUGAUAUUUUUUUAUGUGAUCAUGCAGAAACCUUUUCGUAUUAAGAAUUACUUAUUCUUGGUAAAAUUAUGUAAAAAUAUAUGUGUGAUAAAACAGAAUCAAAAUAUAAGACGAGAUGUCUAUUAUUAUUUGCAUAAAUUCCAACGUAUAUUAUCAGUAAAACGCUAAAAACUAUGAAAUAACUAUGUUUGUAUAUUUUUUUAAAUUUCUUAAAAACUUUUUGAAGGUUUGAAGGUUUGAAGGUUUUAUAUUUUUAUAAAUUUUUGUUUUACUAACUUGUCUGUAUGGAAAAGGUGGACAAUAAUAACAAUAAAAAUUGUAUUUGAUAAAAAUUGCUAACGCGCCACUAUAGUGGUUUCUCGGAUUGUAAGGAUUAAGUGUCCCAUCGAGUUCUCAUUCGUGAUAGAUGAAGAGUAAUGAAUCGCGAUGAAGCCUGAUCUAGCAGCUUCUAUAUCGUUCACCGUUCGCCACUAUCCACGACAUCGCAUACAGAACGCGAAACCAGCGUCACGAGGUAACGGGGAACGCUAGGGAAGGAAGAGUGAAAUCACCGUUACUCAUGUACUGUACGUAGUUUGCAGCAUUCGGUACGCGAAGGAACUGAUGCAACUGCGCAAAUCGAGAGGCUCGCUCACGCGUAUAUCGUUUGAAUCUGUUUCACACGCGUCGAGAGAGGUAGGUUUCCUAAUUAACUCGCAUAAUCGGUAGUCACAUCGGCUCCCACUGAGGCUCUCAUCUCUCGCAUGUUGUACGACGAAUGAAUUUUGUUGGGCGAUUGUGUGCGUCUGUGGCGCGGGACGAGAGCUCUCCUCGAAGCUUCGUAAGCUUCCUGUCCGAAGGAAUUUGUCGUGGGACAAUCGAGUCAUUAGACUAAUGUAGCGCGGAUCGUUGGAGAUACGUGCACGCAAAAAAAAUUUCAGUUGAUGCAACCAAAUAAGAACCAACUGAAAUUAGGUAAUCAGAAACGAUAUCUCUGUUAUGAAAACUAAUAUUUCUGUUGUCGCAACCGAAAAUAUUCGUCUGAACAUUCAACGA